GCAGCAAUGGAGGCAGCCAGUCGCAUAGGUAUCAACCGAAGGUGUCUUGAUAAACGCCUUCGAUUGUACUGUUGAUACUGUAGAUCGCGAUCUAUCUUCCUUUGAUCUCUGUGUUCGCGGUUUGAUCUUUGAAAAUGAGAGAGUGCAUCUCGGUACACAUUGGCCAGGCUGGUAUUCAGGUUGGCAAUGCCUGCUGGGAACUCUACUGCCUCGAGCACGGCAUCCAGCCUGAUGGCCAAAUGCCUGGUGACAAAACUGUAGGCGGAGGUGACGAUGCCUUCAACACCUUUUUCAGUGAAACUGGUGCUGGGAAGCACGUCCCUCGUGCUGUGUUUGUUGACCUUGAGCCUACUGUCAUUGAUGAAGUGAGGACUGGAACAUAUCGUCAGCUCUUCCACCCAGAACAGCUCAUUAGUGGCAAGGAAGAUGCUGCCAACAAUUUUGCCCGUGGCCACUAUACAAUUGGCAAGGAAAUUGUUGAUCUGUGCUUGGACCGCAUCAGAAAGUUGGCUGACAAUUGCACUGGUCUCCAGGGCUUCCUUGUAUUCAAUGCUGUUGGAGGCGGCACUGGUUCUGGUCUUGGGUCUCUUCUCUUGGAGCGUCUGUCAGUUGAUUAUGGGAAAAAGUCCAAGCUGGGUUUUACUGUGUACCCUUCUCCACAAGUCUCCACAUCUGUUGUUGAGCCCUACAAUAGUGUCCUUUCUACCCACUCACUCCUUGAACACACUGAUGUGGCUAUUCUUCUUGACAAUGAAGCCAUCUAUGAUAUCUGCCGCCGCUCUCUUGACAUUGAGCGUCCCACUUACACCAACCUUAACCGCCUUGUCUCUCAGGUUAUUUCCUCGUUGACUGCCUCUCUUCGAUUCGAUGGUGCCUUGAAUGUGGAUGUUACUGAGUUCCAAACCAACUUGGUGCCCUAUCCCAGAAUCCACUUCAUGCUCUCAUCUUAUGCUCCAGUCAUCUCUGCUGAAAAGGCUUAUCAUGAACAACUCUCCGUGGCUGAAAUCACCAACAGUGCCUUCGAGCCCUCAUCCAUGAUGGCUAAGUGUGACCCUCGCCAUGGCAAAUACAUGGCAUGCUGCCUCAUGUACCGUGGUGAUGUUGUGCCUAAGGAUGUUAAUGCUGCUGUUGCCACCAUCAAGACUAAGCGGACUAUUCAGUUUGUUGACUGGAGCCCCACUGGAUUCAAGUGUGGUAUCAACUACCAACCACCUACUGUUGUUCCAGGAGGUGACCUUGCCAAGGUGCAGAGGGCUGUUUGCAUGAUCUCAAACUCCACUAGUGUUGCUGAGGUGUUUUCUCGCAUUGACCACAAGUUUGACCUCAUGUAUGCUAAGCGUGCCUUUGUGCACUGGUAUGUGGGUGAGGGUAUGGAGGAAGGAGAGUUCUCAGAGGCCCGUGAGGAUCUUGCUGCUCUUGAGAAGGACUACGAGGAGGUUGGUGCUGAGUCAGCCGAGGGUGAGGAUGAUGAAGGCGAUGAGUACUAAGUUGUAUCUGUUUGGAAGGCAAACAUCUAGAGA